AUGCUUGCUGCUGUUAUGUCUGGGUUUCGUUGGGCAAUGACUCAGAUUCUUCUUCAGAAGUGUGUUUGUUUUGUCUUUGAUCGGUUGGACUUCAUUAUAUUGAUGCGUGCUGAUACCACUUCCAACAUAAAGAAAGAAGUCUACGGUCUGAAGAAUCCCCUUACCUUGAUGAGCUAUGUGACUCCAGUUAUGGCUGUGGCUACUGCUCUACUUUCCCUUCUUAUGGACCCGUGGCAUGAAUUCAAACAAAGUAACUACUUUAAUAGCUCAUGGCAUAUCAUGCGAAGUUGCUUGCUUAUGCUUUUUGGUGGAACUUUAGCCUUUUUUAUGGUAUUAACGGAGUACAUUCUUGUCUCGGUAACUAGUGCAGUGACAGUGACUAUAGCAGGAGUUGUCAAGGAAGCUGUAACUAUAUUGGUAUGA